UUGGGACCUGGGAUGAUGGGUACUGUGACUAGCAGCGUGUGACGUCAGCAGAAGGCAGGAACACGGGUCUGUUUCAGUGGAGCUGCGGUCGUGCUUUCUAGGAUCCUCACCGGGGACAACACGUCACGUGAUCUGUUCGGUGUUUACGAGGGAGGAAUGGCGGAGGCGCAGCCCUCAGGGCUCACAAAGUAUAACCCUGAGGCUGCUGACUUUGUCCCUAGAGAGCACUUGAGUCAUCACUCAGGCUGGAAAAAUCAUGGGAGAACUGAAAGCAAUAGAAAUUGGUCUAGAAACUUACCUGCCUCUCAUCAGCAGCAGCCACCAAGGGAGAGCAAUCAUGACAGCCCUUCUCAGAAAGUGCACUCCUACAACAGCUCUGCCGCAAGUAACCAGGCAAGAGGCCAGCACGGGUCUCCAGAAAUCACCAACAAACCUGUAAAGAAUCACAGCUUUCAGAAUCAAAGGUGGCAUCGGUCUAGGAGUGAGAGAUCUCACAAUAGGAACCAUUCAAGACAGCCUCUUUCUGAUACUCCAGCAAGGACAUCCUUUGUUGCCACCACACCGCUUGGUGACUGGCGUGUACGGACAAGAGAUCCCAAUGAUUUAUGCUCAUCAGAAAGUGAGAAAGAAUUUGGCAGUGCUGACAGUCGAGGGGCCAAGCCAAAGAGACUAACCCAUGUGUCAGGGGGAUCUCUCAGAGGACCUCGUGACAGAACUAAACUUGCAUAUGACAGGGAGAAACGGGUAGCUCCAAAGCAAAAAACUGAUGAGUUGUUUGAGAACAUUCCACCACAAGAUUUUGUGAAAUCGGGGACACUUAAGGAGGAUCAUUUUAAAAGUAGAAUUGAUCGGUGUGAUGGCGCAACGGAGAACAAGCAGAAGCAUUCGGUUUCUUUUAAUAAGCCAUCACGAGAACCACUGGAUUGGAAAAAAACACAGGAUGAUGUUCAGACAUUUAAGCGAAAUGAGGCUCAGAGCAGCAAGUUGUCGAGGCAUGACAAAAGCCAACCAGCAACAUUUCCAUCCAAGGAGAAGAAGACCAAUCGGGGAACAGAACCUCCUCUUUCUAACACCUAUAAAGAGGCGAAGUCUCGUGGACAUCACUGGGUUUCUGAUGGUGAUAAACCAGCAGGAAGGAAGCAUCCAUCUCAUGACCGUGCUUCUAAGUCAUCUGUGCAGCCAGGCUUUAGUAGACCGUCGAAGAAGCAUGAUUUACCAAAGAGCAAGGAAACGCAUACAGGGUCUCUGAUUGAGCAGCUGACUGCAGAGAAAUACGAGUGCAUGGUGUGCUGUGAGGUGGUACGAGUCAUGGCUCCAGUGUGGAGUUGUCAGAGCUGCUACCAUGUUUUCCACCUUAACUGCAUCAAAAAGUGGGCCAGGUCUCCUGCAUCACAAGCUGAAGAAGAAAAUAGUGGCUGGAGAUGUCCCGCCUGUCAAAAUGUCUGCUCCCGAGCUCCGAGCAUCUACACCUGCUUUUGUAGUAAAGUCAACAACCCUGAAUGGAGUAGAAAUGAAAUUCCCCAUAGUUGUGGUGAGCUUUGUGGAAAGAAACGCUCGGGCCUUGAUUGUCCUCAUACCUGCAACAUCUUGUGUCAUCCUGGACCUUGCCCCUCAUGUCCUGCCUUUGUGACAAAAACCUGUGAAUGUGGAAGAACCAGUCAGUCUGUUCGCUGUGGGCAAUCCUCUACUAUGCACUGUGCAAAUGUUUGUGGAAAUCCAUUGAACUGUGGGGAGCACAACUGCAAUCAGGUGUGCCAUGCUGGGAAGUGCCAGCCUUGCCAGCAAGUAAUACAUCAAGCAUGCUACUGUGGUGGCAGCUCUCGUGAUGUGUCAUGUGGAACAGACAAAGAUAACUACGAUGGCUUUGGAAACUUCUCCUGUCAAAAGCUCUGCGGCAAAAAAUUGAAUUGUGGAAAACAUGGGUGUACGGAGGUCUGCCAUCCACAGCCUUGCCAGCCUUGUCCGCGACUUCCCCAGAUUGUGCGUUUCUGUCCCUGCGGACAAACCUCAUUGAGCAAAUUACUUGAGUUGGGCUGUGUGGACAGAAAAAUCUGCACUGAUCCAAUACCAUCAUGUGGGAAGACGUGUGGAAAACCUUUGCCUUGUGGUUCUCAUGAUUUCAUUCAUACCUGUGAGAAUCUCUGUCAUGAAGGAGAAUGUGGUCCUUGCCCUCGCAUGUCUAACAUAUCCUGCCGAUCUUCUAACAGAAGAUAUGACCUGGUGAAGUUUGAAGAUUUAAACUGA